AAAGGAACAUGUAACGUACACGGUCCCUUACUGCUUACUGCCGUGCAGGUAUCAUCUCCCAUCCUCCGACAAAAUGGUUCACUCGCUUCCCAUCGCCGUUGCGGCAGCUUCAUUGCUGCUGCCUGCCGCCCAUGCCUUCUAUGAUCGCUCAUCGCCCGUGAUCCAAGCCGAUGGCGGGUCCUUUAACACCCUCGUCAACAAGUCCAACUACACGAGCAUCGUCGAGUUCUAUGCGCCAUGGUGUGGCCAUUGCCAAAACCUCAAGCCAGCGUAUGAGAAGGCUGCCAAGUCACUCUCGGGAUUGGCCAAAGUCGUGGCUGUGAACUGCGAUGAAGAGCCCAACAAGCCGUUGUGUGGCCGAAUGGGCGUCCAAGGCUUUCCUACCCUGAAGAUUGUAAGACCCGGCAAGAAGCCAGGCAAACCUUUCGUCGAGGACUAUCGGGGGGAGAGAACUGCAAAAGCGAUCGUGGACGCUGUCAUCGACAAGAUCCCAAGCCAUGUCAAGAGACUGAAGGAUGCGGACUACGAAGCAUGGGUGGCAGAAGACGCAGGCCCCAAGGCGAUACUCUUCACGAACAAGGGCACUGUCAGCCCUCUUCUCAAGGCUAUAGCCAUCGACUUCUUGGGAGGGCUUGGUGUGGCUCAAAUUAGGGACAAGGAGAAAGGCGCGGUAGAGGCCUUUGGGGUGGAGAAGUUCCCAACACUGGUACUGCUGCCUGGAGAUGGCAAGGAAACAAUUCCGUAUGUGGGCGAGAUGAAGAAGGACUCCAUCGUCAAGUUCCUCUCACAGGCCGCUACACCCAAUCCAGACCCACCGAGGCAGGAGAAGAAGAAGCAGGAGAAGAAGAAGCAAGAGAAGAAGCCGAAGUCAACGUCCACUAAGUCUUCAUCUAACCCAAAUCAAUCGGGACACGUGCCCGGCGAGACAGGUGGGAGUAAACCGAUACCUUCGCCCUCAUCUACCCCAAUUGAAUCGGGACCCGUGCCCGGCGAGACAGGUGGGAAUAAACCGAUACCUUCGCCCUCAUCUACCCCAAUUGAAUCGGGACCCGUGCCCGGCGAGACAGGUGGGAAUAAACCGAUACCUUCGCCCUCAUCUACCCCAAUUGAAUCGGGACCCGUGCCCGGCGAGACAGGUGGGGAUAAACCGAUACCUACGCCCUCGGCAGCAGCUUCAAAGCCAGAUGCUACUUCUGUCGCUCUCCUCGCAGAGCCACUUGCAGUGCAACAAAAGUGCUUGAACGACAAGGCCGGCACGUGUGUGAUCGUCCUUCUACCUGAAGAAAACACGCCCUCGGAGAGCACAACUCUUGCACUCAAGAGCCUGAGCGAGGUACAGCAAAAAUACGACGGACGUAAGCUCUUUCCUUUCUUCCAGGUCCCACAUGCCAAUGCUCAGAACGCGGCUCUCCGCACCACGCUUGAGCUCAAUCCAGGCAAAGUCGAGAUCAUCGCCAUCAACGGCAAGCGCUCCUGGUUCCGCCAUUUCACAGCAGAGGACUUCCACCUUGCCAAAGUCGAGGAUUGGGUCGACGCCAUCCGCAUGGGUGAAUCGCCCAAGAAGAAGGUGCCAGACUCACUCAUCGUCGACGCAGCUGAGCUCCCGUCUGAGCCAGUUGUGAUUGAGGAUCCUGAACAGGUCAAGCAGAAGGAGACUACGCCUGAUCCCGACAGCGCAGUACCUGAUGCAGAUGCGGCGAGGAAGAUCGUGGAGCAGCUCAAGGCAGAUCUGCCAGAGGGUUUGACGGUCCAGAUAGAAGAACUUGAGGAUGCGGACUAUGAGAAGAUGAUGAAGGAAGGUGAGGCGGAAGGCAAGAGCAAGGAGUCAGAGGCUGAGACGGCUGUCGAUCAUGAUGAGUUGUGAAGGCAUUUCAAAUCAAUCAUAUAUGCAUGCAGGUGGAAUUGAUAUACAUAUAUCUAUUCCAGCUAGGUUAACGGACGACAAUGCAAUCCAU